AGGGAGGAGGAACAGGCUGCACGCACGCCAAGUCGUCCCUUCACCAACGCAUCGCAUCGCAUCGCAAUUUGCAUCAAAAAAAAAAAAAGAAAAGAAAAUCGUCGUCGUGCCAUCCAUGAACAUGAACCAUCGAUCGUCCAAAGCGAAGGACGAUUGCAACCAAGUCCGUCUCCACCAAACCAAACCAAACCAAACCAAGCGCGGCAACUUGCUUGGCAACCGCCUGCCUGACCCUGACGUGCCUGCCUGCGUGCGCGCCCGCGGCCGCAACGCCACCUGCCGGCCACCACCACUGCACCGCCGUACCCCUCCCGUCGGCCGUGUGUGUGCUGUCGCCUCGCCGCGCGCGCCGCUUCCCUUCCUUCCAUCUCCAUCUCCUUGAUAACCCCGUCGAUCGCGCAUCGUCCCUCCCCGCGCCGUCCUGCGGCGGCGCUUCCGCUUCCUUCCUUCCGCUUCCGUAUAUAUAUAUAUAUAUAUACAUAUAUGUAUAUAUGGCCAAGUAGCGAGCGAGCAACGUAGCCUCCUCCUCCUCCUCCUCCUCCUCCUCUUCUCCUGCCAAGCGUAUACUAGGCAGCAGCCCGGCCGGUACAGGCAGGCGUGACGACGACGAAGAUGAAGCCCGACGACGGCGGCGGCGGCAUGGUCACGACGACGACGGCGAUGAUCCCGCCGGACGACCUCCGGUCGCGGCGGCGCCUGGCAGCCGUGCUGGCGCCGCUACUGCUCUUCCUCGCCGCCGCGCUGUCCUUCCCCUCCACGCUCCGCCUCGCCGCCAUCCCGCUACCAACACUACCGCGGGAGCGGCCGCUGAUGACGACGACGACGACGCCCCACCAGCCCGGCCGUCGGACCACCACCACCCCGACCUCAACAACCGCGCCGCCGCCACCGCCACGGCGGGUCGCCGUCUGCCUCGUGGGCGGCGCGCGGCGGUUCGAGCUCACGGGACCCUCCAUCGCGCGCCACGUCCUGACCAGCGGCGCGUUCUUCGCGGUCGUCCCCGCAAAGGCUGCCGCCGUCGACGUGUUCCUCCACGCCCCGCUGGACGCCGACGCCUACAAGCUGUCCCUCCUGGCGCGCGCCGUCGCGGGCGGCAGCACCAGCACCAGCAACAACGUCAGCCUCGCCGCCGUGCGCGUGUUCCGGCCGGAGCACCUCGACGAGACGACGCCGCCGGCGCGCGCGCACGUGCUCACCGCGCACAACUCGCCCAACGGCAUCCAGGGCCUGCUGCAGUACUUCCGGCUGGUGGAGGGAUGCCUGGACCUCAUCCGCGACCGCGAGUCCCGAGGCAACUUCACCUACGCCGCCGUGCUCCGCACCCGCCUCGACGGCUUCUGGACAGCGCCGCUCCGUCUCGACGCCGACGACAACCUCCUCCUCCACUCCGCCACCGACUACUACGUCGUCCCGGAGGGCUCCCGCUACGGCGGCCUGAACGACCGGCUAGGCUACGGCGGCCGUCACGCCACGGCGUCCGCGCUGUCCCGGUUGUCCAUGCUCCCGCAGCUCGCCGCCGCGGGCUACGCGGGGCUCAACUCGGAGGCGGCGUUCGCGGCGCAGCUGGCGGUGUCGGGCGUGUCCGCGCGCGAGCGCCGCCUGCCGUUCUGCGUCCUCAGCGACCGCCAGUACACGUUCCCGCCGGUCACCGGGUACGGCGUCCCCGUCGCGUCCGUGGCCAGCGCCGGCCCGCUCAGCGGCGCCAAGUGUCGGCCAUGCCGCCCCGCAUGCGUCGGCGAGUGCGCCGAGCGGAACGUCGCCCGCCUGCAGAGCGGGUGGAGCUGGACUGAGUACCGCAACGGAACCGUCGAGCUCUGCGACGCGUCGGAGCCGUGGGAGGAUGGGUGGGAGGCGAUGUUCGACGCCGUCGCCGGAGAUGACGCCGCCCGGAUUAGGCGGAGCGUGGCGAGGAUGGGCGCCAAGGAGUGCGUGGAUCAGAUGGAGAAGUUCAAGGCCCUCGCGGAGAGGUGGGACGCGCCUAGCCCCGCUGAGAUCUGCCGGAUCGGGUUCCGAGCCCGGGCAGCGGCGGCGGCGGCGGCGACGGCGAAUACCUCCGCCGGCGGCGAGCACUGACAGUGACUACUUGCACGUACUACCAUGACCAACCUUGAGUCCAUGGGACCGUGAUAGUCGUUGGUUUUCUUACCAAUUUGCCCUCCCUCUUCUUAGAAAAUACACACAGCUUUAUACAAGAUUAUUAAUUAGGAAUACGAAGGAAGUCACCGAAAAAAAAAAUAGGAACACGAAGGGGAAGGUCAAUAUAAGAAAAGGGAACAAUUGAUUGGGAUGAUAGUGGUACAUAUAUACUACAAUACAUAGAGAUAUACUCCUAUCUUAAUUCUUGUGUAGAAAUUUUUUUACAGCAGCUAGCUGAUAGCUCAAUCUAUAGUUUUUUUUAUAUAUAUAAUAAAGGCAUGUUCAGAGACUAGCUAGAUAUACAGAGAAUGCAAUGGAAUAUAUAUAUCAUUCAUUUUUCUGGGUUGUGUAGCACAGUGAUCAUACAUGCAGCCUGUUCACUUGGGCUUAUCAGAUUCAGUCAUUCACAACAGCCAAA